AACCUCUACCUUCUAUCUUCUUAUGGGGUUGCAGCGUGGUCUGCGAUGGCUGUGUCACUCUGCUGCCGUGGGACGUUCUUCUCGGCUGUGACCUUCUCACUUUUCUGUUUCCUGCCUCACAUCACUUCCUCCCUCAGCUUGGAGGAUCCCAACGUGUGCAGCCACUGGGAGAGUUACUCAGUGACGGUGCAGGAGUCCUACGCUCAUCCCUUUGAUCAGAUUUAUUACACCAGCUGCACCGACAUCCUCAACUGGUUCAAGUGCACCAGACACAGGGUGAGUUAUAGGGUAGCAUAUCGCAGAGGAGAGAAAACCAUGUAUCGGAGAAAGUCCCAGUGCUGCCCAGGCUUCUACGAGAAUGGAGAGAUCUGUGCUCCCCACUGUGCAGAGAGCUGUGUCCAUGGUCGCUGUAUGGCCCCCAACACCUGCCAGUGUGAACCAGGCUGGGGGGGCUCCAACUGCUCCAGCGCAUGUGACAGCAGCCACUGGGGUCCACACUGCAGUAACAGAUGUCAGUGUCAGAACGGAGCGCUGUGCAACCCCAUCACCGGAGCCUGUAUCUGCACCCCCGGAUACAGAGGCUGGCGCUGUGAGAGCCAGUGUGAAAUGGGUACCUAUGGUAACGGAUGCCAACAGAAAUGUCAGUGCCAGAAUGGUGCCGCCUGUCACCAUGUGACCGGAGAAUGCAAGUGCACACCGGGAUACACUGGAGCUUUCUGUGAAGACCUGUGUCCUCCUGGUAAACACGGGCCACAGUGUGAGGAGCGAUGUCCAUGUCAGAACGGGGGACAGUGUCACCAUGUGACUGGAGAGUGCUCGUGUCCUGCAGGAUGGAUGGGUACAGUGUGUGGUCAACCAUGUCCAGAGGGAAGAUUUGGACAGAACUGUUCCCAGGAAUGUCAGUGCCACAACAACGGCUUCUGUGUGUUGUCUACGGGACAGUGUCUCUGCACCCCGGGGUACAUGGGAGAACGGUGCCAGGACGAGUGUCCAGUUGGAACCUACGGUGCUGGCUGUGCAAAGACAUGUCGCUGUAAGAACAACGGCAAGUGCUACCACACCAACGGCGCGUGUGUGUGUGAGCCAGGAUACACCGGGGAGAUAUGUGACGUUCGACUGUGCUCUGAAGCUCACUACGGCCUUCACUGCGACAGGAAGUGUCCAUGCUCCACAGUGAACACGCGGAGCUGCCACCCUAUGACAGGAGAGUGCACAUGUCAGCCGGGCUGGUCAGGACUCUACUGCAAUGAAACCUGCACUCCAGGGUUUUACGGCGAGUCCUGCCAGCAGGUGUGCCAGUGCCAGAACGGCGCCGACUGCCACAGUGUGACCGGAGAGUGUAUCUGUGCUCCAGGCUUCAGGGGUCCCAACUGUUCGGUGCCGUGUCCAGCAGGGACGUAUGGAGACAGAUGCUCCUCCAGCUGUAACUGUAAGAACCGAGCCCAGUGUUCACCUGUGGAUGGAUCGUGCUCCUGUAAACCAGGGUGGCAUGGUGUGGACUGUUCCAUCAACUGUCCAAGUGGAACCUGGGGUCUGAGCUGUAACCUCACCUGCAAGUGUGGGAGAGGAGGAUCCUGUAACGCCCUGGACGGUCACUGCACCUGUGCUCCUGGCUGGAGAGGAGAGAAGUGUGACCUCCACUGUCAGGACGGCACCUAUGGUCUGGACUGUAAAGAACGCUGUGACUGCAGUCACGCUGACGGAUGCCACCAUUCCACUGGUCACUGCAGCUGUCUGGCUGGAUGGACAGGUAUCCACUGUGAUAGUGUGUGUGCAGAGGGCCGCUGGGGCCCAAACUGCUCGCUCCCGUGUAACUGUAAGAACGGAGCGUCCUGCUCUCCUGAUGAGGGCACCUGUGAAUGUGCUCCAGGAUACAGAGGCACCACCUGUCAGAGGAUCUGCUCUCCGGGUUACUUUGGUCACCGCUGCAGUCAGACGUGUCCACAGUGUGUCCACAGUAAUGGACCCUGUCACCACAUUACAGGACAGUGUGACUGUCUGCCAGGCUUCAAGGGGACGCUGUGCAACGAGGUGUGUCCCAGCGGUUGCUAUGGGAAGGACUGCAUGUUGAGCUGCAGCUGUACCAACAACGGCACGUGUAACCCCAUCGAUGGCUCCUGUCAGUGUUAUCCAGGAUGGAUCGGCAGCGACUGCUCUCAGCCGUGUCCACCUGCUCAGUGGGGACCCAACUGCAUCCACACGUGCAACUGUCACAACGGAGCCUACUGCAGUGCUUAUGAUGGAGAAUGCAAGUGCACACCUGGAUGGACUGGCCUCUACUGCACACAGCGCUGUCCUUUAGGUUUCUAUGGGAAGGAUUGUUCUCAGACCUGUCUGUGCAGGAACGGAGCCGACUGUGACCACAUCUCAGGACAGUGCACGUGUCGCACCGGCUUCAUGGGACGACACUGUGAGCAAAAGUGUCCCCCUGGCUCAUACGGUUACGGCUGUCGACAGGUGUGUGACUGCCUGAAUAACUCCACCUGUGACCACAUCACUGGUACAUGUUACUGUAACCCAGGCUGGAAAGGAGCUCGCUGUGACCAAGCUGCUGUGGUGGUGGUGGGCAGCCUCAACAGUUUGACCAGUGCAGCCAUGCAGGUGGACUCCUACCAGAUCGGAGCCAUCGCAGGGAUCAUUGUCCUGGUGCUGCUGGUGCUCUUCCUCCUCCUCCUCUUCAUCAUUUACAGGAAGAAGCAGAAGGGAAAAGAGCCCACCAUGCCGGCCGUGACCUACACGCCUGCCAUGAGGGUCACCGCUGAUUACACCAUCACAGAUGCUCACCCACCAGCAUGUGAGGGUUACCCCAGCAGCUACUUCUCCAACCCCAGCUACCAUACUCUGACCCAGUGCAUCAGCCCCCCACAUGUCACCAAUGGACCAUAUGGAAAGACAAAGAACAACCAGCUGUUUGCAAAUUUGAAGAAUGUGGAUCAGAGGAAAGUGGCUCCUCGACCUGACCACACAGGCACACUGCCUGCAGACUGGAAACAAGGAGACAGCUCUGAUGAACUGGGAGCUUAUGGAAUAGAUAGGAGAUACACUGGGAAAUCAUUACGAGAUCUGGCAAACGGCGCGCCGUUUCACGCCAGCUCCUGCUCCCUCAGCAGCUCAGAAAACCCAUACGCCACGAUAAAGGACCCCCCGAUACUGACGGCCAAAAACACAGAGUGUGGCUACGUGGAAAUGAAGUCACCGGCCAGGCGUGACUCCAUGUACGCAGAGAUCAGCAACAGCAGCCCCACCAACAACCGCAAUGUCUACGAAGUUGAGCCGACGGUGAGCACCGUCCCAUCCACUGCAGACGACAAUGGCCACACACAGUUUGGUCAAGAUCCGUACGAUCUACCAAAAAACAGCCACAUCCUCUCUCACUAUGACCUCCUGCCUGCCAGAGAGAGUCCAUCGUCAGAGCUCAAGGAGCUGGACAGUGACUGAUGCUUCAGAGAGUCAGUACAGAGAUCGGGUCUCACACUUUCAUAGACAUAUUUACACUUUGAAAUUAUCAUUGUAAGAAUGAAUCAUGUAUGACUUCUUUUUGAACAGAGUGGGUAUAUAAGAGAUUGGGGGAUAUUUUACUACAGUAUUGACACGGCUGUGAAUUCUUCAUAGGUCAUUCCAUUAUGUCGUGGAGGUUUUGAUGAAGUCAUGCUCUGAACAACAAAUGCCUCACGAGUCACUGUGCAGGGACGCGACGUCUUCCAUGUCUUUAGUCUGAAAACAAACAAAGAAACCCACACACAGUUAAACGGAUCGUCGUCCUGUUUCUGACGUCGGAGCUCUUCAUUUCAAGCGCCUUCGUGACUUCUGUGUAUAAUACUCAUGACCGAUCAAAUCUUUAUUUUUAUAACGACAUUUAGGCAGGAUGGGAUUGAACGUUGGUGUUUCUGAGGUGGAGUGGGACGGAUGGUAACAACAUCACAUGUCAGUGGGAGAAUGAGGGUUUAUAAGUGAUUCCAUUUCUGAUUGAGGCUCAUUUCAUUUAUAUAUAAAUAACAUAUAUUUAUAAAAACAUAUAUUGUCACUGAUUUUCUAUAAAUAAAGAUUUGCAUAAUGUCAUGGCAGAAUUAAGACUAAAGACUCAAAUAUGUAAAUUUAAAUUCUAAGCAUGCUCAGAAUCUCAGUUCAUUUCCAUAUCUUCAUUCACAGAAAAUGAUACUGUAAUAAUAGAUAAUUAUUAUAGAAUUUAUAAAUGGUUUAUAAUGAGGUUAUUAAUUAGGUUGUUAAGAUUUCGUCAUCGUUUAUAAGUCAUUUCAUAAUAAAGAGCAACAGUGACCUGCAGCUUGUUGAAUAGGUUACAAGCAUUUAACCACUGUUGUUUUUACUGCACUUUAAAUAAAACCGUAAAAACGACACUGACACUGAGACUGGGCAUGACCAGAAGAAGGUUAUGUUGAAUGUAUAUAAUGCAGCCAUUUCCAAGAGAUACUGUAUAUAAAUAAAUGAAUCAUGAUUUCAUUUUUA